AUGCACGCCACUUCCACAUUGUUCUGGCCGAACUCGGCCGAAAAGAUGCGCGAGGCCCUUCAUGUGUCCGCCGAAGAGCCCCUGCUAUGCUGCGGGCGGACCGCAAAGAAGAAGUGCUGCAGCAGAACCAUCAGCAAGGCCAACAGGUCCAGCAUUCAACAUCUGCUUAGUGAUGUUGUGGCUUCUGGGAGCUGGAGUGCCGCCAAAGAGCUCUUCGAGCGUCUCUCAAAAUUGGUCUUGUGCCAGGGUAAGCGGUUUGGACACCAAAAGCAGUGUCACGAGCUGUUGGUCUCGUGGCAGAGAACAUUUGCCGAGACAGAAUUACGGCACGCACUGGGCAAACUCGCAACCGAACCGGCUACAACUGUAAACAAGUAUAGAACGAUCAAGUUUGAGGCGGUGGAUGCCAACACGCAUACAAUACCAGCUGCUGUUCAGAAAUUGGCUGUCAAAUUCGAACCCGAUGAAGAGUAUGACUUCUCAUCAUUGUACGAGAUACCCGACCUCCAAGAGGACACCAAGCCGGCACACAUCUUUGUCCCGUACGGCAAGACGCAAACCCAGUUACAAAUCAACAAGGCCAUCCAGAAAAUCAUCGAAAAACCCCUCACACCGAAAGAGAAAAAGUCACUCUCUAAGUCGGGUGGCGUCUACAUUUACAGACUACCCAACACGGCCAGCGGCGAGGCACCGGACCUCAAGAUUGGCUCCACAACUGACUACGAGCGUCGAAUGAAAGAGUGGCGAAGUAGCUGUGGAUAUAACCCAGAAAAAUUGAGUAUCUUCUAUACGAGCCUGUACAGGCGCGUGGAGCGCCUCGUCCACGCGCAGCUCGGGGUGUGCCGCAAGCGCGAGGCGAAGUGUCCCGGCUGCGGAGUAUCGCACCAGGAGUUCUUUGGCGUCCGGCGGUACCAGGCAGCCAAGCUCAUUGGCCUCUGGUCUGAGUGGAUGGGCCACGUUCCGUACGAUGAGGACGGGACGCUCAAUGCGGAGUGGCGGAAGAAGCUGGAGGGCGUGGACUUGGAUGAUGCUGACUGCUGGGAGAGCUUUACGGCCAAGGAAUGA